AUGCAGGUACCAAAGACGGAGGUACAUGAUAGUACGAUACCACAUUAUGAGGCGAAGACCAAUGAUAUCUGCACGGCCCAUGAUAGCACAUGUUUGCUGGAUCUGAGGGAAUUCAAAAGGCUCGAAAAUCCCCCAUCAAUCUCCUCCUCAUCCAGACUUCAGACUUCAGACUUCAGACUUACACACUUUCCAUCAAACAAACUUUCAACCCUACUAAAACCUCUUCAAAUCAAAUCCCUCAAAAUGCCUUUCGAACAACCAGUCGUUGAGCAACAAAUCCAAUCCGAAGCUCCUAUGAGCUCCGAGAACAUUGGUAUCGAGAUGCAACAACCAAAACCAGUUCCCACCAUGGGUACCGAGACCAACCUUCGUGGUGGUGAGUCCGCUGGCUGUGAAUGCUGUGGAUGCGGAUGUGGUGAACAAUGCUGUUAG